UUUUUUCACAGUCUAAAUGUAUGAUGCGUCUAUUUAUAAAUUCAUAUGCAUUAUUAAUUAGGUGUAAACAGAUAAAAAAUUUACCUUUUUUGUACAGUUAUGAUUGGUUUUAGGAGUAAUUUAUAUGUGUAGUGAGCACGUGAACUCACACUAACACACAAUCACACACACGCAGACAAAUCUCUCCAAUGUGGAUAUCGACAAAUUCCAAAAAAAAAAAAUUCAAGACUAUUUUUUUUCUCUUUUUAUUUUCAAAAUGAUCCAACAUAUUUCUCUCAGAACCGACAAAAUGUGUACGUGGAUGUGGUUCAAAUUGUUAAAUAUGAACUCGUUUAUAAUUUACAGUAUAAUUUCUCUUAGACGUAGUUCGAAUUAUAAUUUCUUGAUCAGCAAGUAUUAUUGAGAGUUAAAUGCGUCUGAAAUAGUAAUGCAUUGAAUGGCAUAACGAAUAUAAAAGGUCAAAGAUAAAGGCCACAUAUGUUAUGUUUGUCCAAAUUUGACCCUCAUUCUUUGGAUGAUCAAAAGCAGCAAAGAAUUUAAUAGCCAAAAUGAAAAAGGCAGCAGCCUAGGAAGCUUAUGUAUAGCAAACAAGAAAAUAGCAAUUAGUGUGACACUGAUAAGAGGCAAGAUGAAGUGCACUCAGCCCACAAAGGAAAGCAAUCCUCAGUAAUUAAUACUAGUAAUUAAGAAAGAAUGAUUAAUUUGGUACAUAAUGUAUCCAUCAACGUCUUAAUUUGCAUUUGCAUAAUUGCAUUUGCAUGUCACCCAAGACUUGAGUAGGGACUGCAACCAAUACUUUGUUUCUUGCUCUAAUUUUAGAACACAUUCUACUACAUGCCAAUUUUGUCUUUCUGCACAUUUGCAAUUUUGUAUUUCAGUUUUGAUUGAUACCCCUGGUUCAUGAUUGGAGUAACUAUGAAGAGAUUCAAGAAAACCUCCAAUGAUCAGCUAGUUUCUUCCAAUCGCGAAUCCAGUGUUGUUUUAAAGAUUUCAGAGUCGAAAUGGGGUCUCAAUCCUAUGACUCUUAUGGCUUUUUUCGUCGUUUGUUUGAUGGUUCUGACUCUUGUAUUCUCAGUUGCCAUAGUUUUUGGGAACUUACCUCCUGAUUGCUUGUGGACUUUGGCUGAAGCUAGAUUUUUUCAUGUUAAACCUUCAGAAGCCACAGUUUCUGAAGAUGAUAUUCCUCGGCCAGUGAUAAUGCCAAAAGAUAAACUAUUAGGUGGCCUUCUUCCUUCUGGAUUUGAUGAAACAUCUUGCUUGAGUAGGUAUGAAUCACUCUUAUAUAUCAAAGGUCUGCGCCAUAAGCCUUCGUCUUAUCUUAUCUCGAGGUUAAGAAGAUACGAAGCUCUACAUAAGCAAUGUGGACCGUAUACAGAAUUAUAUAACAGAACUGUCGACCUUAUAAAAUCUGGUGAUCAAUACAGUACUAGUUCUUCAGUUUGUAAUUAUGUGAUUUGGGUAUCCUUUAGUGGUUUAGGGAACAGAAUACUAACCUUAACUUCUGCUUUUCUUUAUGCUCUUCUCACAAACAGAGUCCUUCUUGUUGACCCCAGAGUUAAUUUACCUGACUUAUUCUGUGAACCUUUUCCUCAAGUUUCCUGGUUGCUUCCCUCAGAUUUUCCCAUACUUGAUCAGUUCAGUACCUUUAAUCAGAAAUCUCCACUUUCUUAUGGUUAUAUGGUGAGAAAUAAUAAGUCAAGAAUACAUCCCUUCAUGUACCUUCAUUUAAAUCAUGACUAUGAUGGUCAAGACAAAUUAUUUUUCUGUGACACUGACCAAACUUUUCUCAAGAAAAUCCCUUGGUUAUUUGUGAAGUCAAAUAACUAUUAUGUCCCUGCUCUUUUCUUGAUCCCAUCUUUUGAGCAAGAGUUAAACAAUCUUUUUCCAGAGAAAGGAACUGUGUUCCACUUUUUAGGUAGGUACCUUUUCCAUCCCACAAAUUCUGUAUGGGGACUUAUUACUAGGUACUAUCAAGCUUAUUUGGCCAAUGCAGAUGAAAAAAUAGGGAUUCAAAUUAGAGUCUUUGAUUUAGGUGUAGGUAAUUUUAAGUAUGUAUUGGAUCAGAUUUUAGCCUGUACAGCAAAGGAGAAUCUACUGCCACGGGUUAACCCGAAUGAGCCUAUAGUCAAUUCAUCUGGCAAGACGAAGACUAUAAGCAUAUUGAUGACAUCUCUAAGUCCAAGAUAUUUUGAGGAGAUCAGGAACAUGUAUUGGGAAAAUCCUACUGUAACAGGAGAGAUUGUUAGUGUUUACCAGCCAAGUCAUGAGGAGCAUCAACAAACUGAGAAGCUGAUGCACGAUAGGAAGGCGUGGGCAGAGAUGUAUUUGCUGAGUUUAACUGACAAAUUGGUUACAAGUGCAUGGUCUACUUUUGGAUAUGUAGCUCAGGGUCUUGGAGGUUUGAAGCCCUGGAUUUUGUACAAGUUUGAGAAUGGGACAGUACAUAAUCCACCUUGUUUUCGCGAUAUGUCUUUGGAGCCAUGUUAUCAUUCCCCUCCAAAUUAUGACUGCAAAAAGAAAACAGGAAGUUAUAACACAGGUAAUGUUGUUCCUCAUGUGAGACAUUGUAAGGAUAUGAGCUGGGGUUUAAAGCUAUUUGAUCAGAAUGGUGAAUUGUAACAUGUUAGAAUAAGGGAAACACAAUUGUUGCAGGACUAAUAAUUAUAACUUACUACACGAUUCUUUCAUUGACACGAUUCUUUUGAUGAU